GGCAGCGGCGGGAGGUGCGAGCCGGCCGGGGCGGCCAUGAGAACCGAGAUCUCCACGGCGGCGGCCUUCGUCACCCGCCUCCUGCGGGCCGCCGGCGGGAUCGGCGAGGAGCAGCUGCGGUGCUUCCGGGAGUGCCUGCAGGAGGCGCUGCGCGAGCACUACAAGCACCACUGGUUCCCCCAGGUGCCCUCCAAGGGCUCCGGGUACCGGUGCAUUAGGAUCAACCAUAAGAUGGACCCCUUGAUAGGAAAGGCAGCGGGCAUGAUUGGACUGAGCCACGAGAGACUCUUCCAGCUCCUACCCAGCGAGUUAACUCUUUGGGUCGACCCUUUCGAAGUGUCCUAUCGCAUAGGUGAAGACGGCUCUAUCUGUGUCUUGUACGAAGGUCCCCAGCCUGGUGGGAAAGCGACCAAACAACUGGAGAGUCGGACCAGCUGUAAGGAGGAGUGGAGGACUGGCAGGUCCAGCCCUUCCAAGAGUUACAGCAUCAUGACAGUUUCUAGUUAAAAAUUGCUGUUCCUUGUACAGUGAUGUAUGUAUCCCAAAGUCUUAGUAAACUUCCAUGUAAACUGAGAUUUUUUGGGUUUUAAUUAUUUUUUUCCGCUCUAUAGUCAUUAAAGUUGUAGUACUGCCGAGUUCCUCGUGGCCAAGGGCUAAUGUAUAAAGCAGUUCUUUACACUGCAUGUUCCUUUCUGGAGUGUGUCCCUAUAAAUGCACUGUACAGUCAGUUGACAAUUGUUUUACACAUUUAUAUUCUCAAAGAAGUUUUGGCUAUUUGUAAUAAAAAGCAAUAUUGUAGCAUUCUUUAUGAUGGGGCUUAGUCAAGAUUAACACUUGCUAAAACAUUCCUCAAUUUGCAGAGCAAUAACACGAAGGGGGUGGGAAACAUCUAACAAGCUGCACAUAAAUCUUUCCAGUGAUCUGUCUGCACAGACUUCUCUCAGGGUCGUUCAAGUUUGUCUGCAAGGCACAAAUCACAAAAGUAAUUAUUACUUUUCCUUUUUCAAAGCGUGUGUUUAUUUGAGGGCUGGAUUCCAUUGUGCCCCAACAUUUUGACAAAAAGAAUUGGGGAAUUAGUUUGCCUUGUUAUUUCUAGUUAUCAGAGUAAAAAAAUAAAGAUUUGCUCAAAAUGCUCUUGA